UCUGGAUAGUCUUGUGUUUCUGCCACAAUGUUGCCACGGUGUGGGAUACGAUCCAGUCUGGGCCGAGCAGCUCGAAUCCCAGUCUUUCGGCAACAGACCAAACAUUUUCAUUACGCGAGGAGCUCCCCAGCGAUCCGGGUGGGGUACCUCACAACUACUGGUCUUGCCACCACAUCAGGCCUUUAUUGGUGGUGGUCCUUAGGCGAAAGAUCACCUGCUGAGAAUCUAGUCGUUGAGCCUCCUUUCUCCCCCGAAGAAGUCACCCGCAUUCUAUCCAAAGAGUCAUACUCCUUUCUAGUGCGAGAUAUCCCUGGUAUCGCCCGUCAUGAUGGUGCCCAGCUCGCAUCCAACAGCCCCUGCGAAGACCGGCUUACCCAUGCCAAGUUCCCCUCCCCGUGGCAUAGCGACAACAAUCCCUGGAUGGCGUGGGCAGUCUUCGACGGCCAUGCCGGCUGGCAAACGGCGGAGCUCCUUGAGAAUCAGCUCAUUCCCUCGGUGCGCCACUGCCUGAGCCAAGUGACGCCUGAUUCGGACGGAAACAAGUCGCUAGUGGGCGAGGAUGCGGUUCAAUGCGCCAUCAGCAAUGCAUUCGUGAAUCUCGAUGAUGCCAUUUUCAAGACAGCCUUGGAGGCGUCGCAGAACAAUCAACCUCUACACCAGAGGGUUCGCGACCUUCUCCCAGCCUUUGCUGGCUCCUGUGCAUUACUAUCCAUCUUCGAUCCGGACACCAGUGCAUUGCACGUGGCGUGCACAGGAGACUCGCGCGCCGUGCUGGGACAGCAACAGCCCGACGGGAGGUGGGAGGCGAUUCCUCUGUCCAUCGAUCAGACUGGUAGCAAUGAGGGAGAGAUUGCCCGGAUCUGCAGCGAGCACCCUGGCGAGGAAGAUAUUUUCAAAGAUGGACGCGUGCUGGGACUGAUGUGCACGCGGGCCUUUGGAGAUGGUCGGUGGAAAUGGCCCGUGGAGCUCCAGCAGGACCUCCGCCGCAGAUUUUAUGGCCCCGCCCCGCUCACCCCCAAGUACGACGUUCGCACCCCGCCUUAUGUGACUGCCGAGCCCGUCGUGACCACCGUCAAGGUAGACCCGACACGCCCUUCGUUCUUGAUCAUGGCUACAGAUGGUCUGUGGGAUAUGCUCUCCAGUCAGCAGGCGGUCGAUCUGGUCGGGAAAUGGCUGUCGGGAGGGGCGAGGACUGAGGAGAGCGGCUCGUCCCCGGCAGCCUCCGACAAACCCUUCGAUUUCGGUCAUUUUCGGGACGGCGUGGACUGGAGGUUUGUGGAGGAUCGAACGACGGUGCAAGAUGACAACGUGGCGGUGCACCUGGUGCGCAAUUGCCUCGGUGGCAGCGAUCUCGAGUUGCUGGCAGGGCGACUGGCCUUUGCCCCUCCGUUUUCCCGAACUCUGCGUGACGAUAUUACCGUGCAGGUGGUGCUUUUUGGAGUUGCAGGGUUGCAAAGUACAAAGCAGGAAUGA